UUCCCAAGAAAGUUUACAUAGUUCCUGAAAAUUUUGAAUAUAAGAUAAGCAAAAUGUUACAGCCAGUAAUGCACACAUUAAAAGAAAAGAUAAUAGUUUUAGCCAGCGGCUCGCCUAGAAGGAAAGAGUUGGUCGAAAACAUAGGUCUAAAAGUCGUGCUGUGUCCCUCACUUUUUGAAGAGAAUUUAGAUCCAAAGAGUUUUGCUAGUUUUUCUGAGUUUGUUGAAGAAACAGCUCUUCAGAAGGUUCUGGAAGUGGAAGAGCGGCUCAAGGCGCAGGGCCAGGCGCCCGAUGUGGUGGUGGGGGCCGACACCAUGGUCACACUGGGCGAGGAGAUGUUCGGGAAGCCCACUACUGAAGCUGAGGCUUUUCAAAUGCUUUCAAGGUUAUCUGGUAGAACGCACACAGUAUACACUGGGGUGGUUGUGAAGACAGCACACAAAACUACCAAAUUCACUGAGAAGACCAAUGUAAUAUUUGGCAAACUGGAUGAAGCACAGAUCAAAGGCUACAUUGCUACAGGGGAGCCUAUGGACAAGGCGGGCGGCUACGGCAUACAGGGCGUCGGUGGCACGUUCGUGGAGCGCGUCGAGGGAGACUACUUCACGGUGGUGGGGCUCCCGCUAUACCGGCUGUGUUCUGUGCUGUACGACUUGUAUAGGGACAAGUCUUAGAGAUGUGUAGUUUUAGAAUUAUUUACCCAUUAGCUGGGUGUGGUAGAGUCAUGUUUGCUGGACAAUGUUUCGUAGUGCCUGAUCAUGAGUUUAUCUCUGUGUAUUACAUACUGAUGAUGGCAUUAUAGCUCUCUGAAACUACAAGUAGUAGCAUCCGAAACAUAGUGUACGUUUCUCGUACGAUAAAAUAAAUUAUUAUAAUUGACAUAUUUACUCGUAUAUUGUUACAAAAAUGUAGAAUAGUAAAAGUAAAAAAAAAUAA